AUGACUAAUAAAUCUGACUCCGUCGUCUACCUUCACGGUAAUCUUGAUUUGAAAAUCGUUGAGGCUCGUUUUCUACCGAACAUGGACAUGUUCUCAGAGCGUUUUCGGAGAUUCUUCUCCGCUUUAAAUUCAUGCACAACUUCAAUGUCUGGAAAAGGAAAGAAUCGUGAGCCACGUCAUCAUCAUCAUAAGAUUAUCACCAGUGAUCCUUACGUAACGGUUUGUCUCGCCGGUGCUACGGUGGCGCGAACCAGAGUUAUUUCGAAUUCGCAGUCGCCGAAAUGGGAAGAGCAUUUUAGGAUUCCUUUGGCUCAUCCUGUUUCUCAGGUUGAAUUUUAUGUGAAAGAUAAUGAUAUGUUUGGCGCUGAUUUGAUCGGAAUCGCAACCGUUUCGGCGACGAGGAUUUUAUCAGGUGAUAAUAUAUGUGACUGGUUUCCGAUUAUAGGUUCUUUCGGUAAGCCGCCGAAACCUGAUUGCGCGGUUUUUCUUGAGAUGAAAUUCACGAGGUGCGAUGAUGAUCCUCUGUAUCGGUCCGGUGUUUCGCUUGAGCCGGAUCGGUUUGCGGUUAAGGAAUCGUAUUUUCCGGUGAGACGUGGAGGAUCGGUAACGCUGUAUCAAGAUGCGCAUGUUCCGGAUUCAAUGUUACCGAGGAUUGAAUUGGAUGAUGGUGUGGAGUUUCAGCAGGGGAAAUGCUGGGAAGAUAUCUGUCACGCGAUCUUGGAAGCGCAUCAUAUGGUGUAUAUUGUCGGUUGGUCAAUUUUUCACAAGGUGAAGCUUGUUAGAGAACCAACCAAACCCUUGCCAAGUGGUGGAAAUUUGAAUUUGGGGGAGUUACUCAAGUACAAAUCACAAGAAGGUUUGCGAGUUUUACUGUUGGUUUGGGAUGAUAAAACUUCACACAGUAAAUUUUUCAUUAACACGAAUGGAAUAAUGCAAACUCAUGAUGAAGAAACUCGAAAGUUUUUCAAGCAUUCUUCAGUUACAUGUGUGUUGUCUCCAAGAUAUGGCAGCAGUAAGCUUAGCAUUUUCAAGCAGCAGGUUGUUGGAACGCUCUUUACACACCAUCAGAAAUGUGUGAUCGUUGAUACUCAAGCACAUGGAAAUAACCGAAAGAUAACUGCAUUUAUAGGUGGUCUAGAUCUUUGUGAUGGUCGGUAUGAUACACCUGAGCAUAGAAUUUGCCGUGAUCUUGACACUGUUUAUAAGGAUGAUUAUCAUAAUCCCACAUUUUGUGCAGGAACCAAGGGUCCAAGGCAACCAUGGCAUGAUCUGCAUUGUAAAAUUGAAGGCCCUGCUGCAUAUGAUAUACUCACUAAUUUUGAGCAGCGCUGGAAGAGAGCCACCAAAUGGUCUCAGUUAGGUCAAAAAUUAAAAAGAGUAUCACACUGGCAUGAUGAUUCUUUAAUUAAGUUAGAACGCAUCUCUUGGAUUCUUAGUCCUUCUGAAUCAAUGCCAAAUGACGAUCCUGAAUUAUGGGUUUCAAAGGAAGAUGACCCUGAAAAUUGGCAUGUUCAGGUUUUUCGAUCCAUAGAUUCGGGCUCUUUGAAAGGAUUUCCUAAGGAUAUACAUGAAGCCAGGGCUCAGAAUCUUGUUUGUGCUAAAAAUUUGGUCAUAGACAAGAGUAUUCAAACAGCUUACAUACAUGCCAUUAGAUCUGCCCAGCAUUUUAUUUAUAUAGAGAAUCAAUACUUUAUUGGAUCAUCCUUUGCUUGGCCAUCUUACAAAGAAGCAGGUGCUGAUAACUUAAUUCCCAUGGAGUUGGCGCUGAAAAUUGUCAGUAAGAUUAGAUCUCGGGAGAGAUUUACUGUUUAUAUUGUUAUUCCAAUGUGGCCAGAAGGCGUGCCUUCUUCUGUCACAGUGCAAGAGAUUCUCUAUUUUCAGGGACAAACUAUGCAAAUGAUGUAUGGAAUCAUAGCCAGGGAAUUAAAAUAUAUGAACCUUAACAAUAGCCAUCCACAAGAUUACCUCAACUUUUACUGUCUUGGUAACAGAGAGAAGUUUGCAACUGAAGAUUCAAAUCCAAAGAAUUCACAUUCAGAUGAUGGCGUCACGGUUUCAGCUUCACAAAAAUUCCAACGGUUUAUGAUUUAUGUGCACGCCAAAGGAAUGGUUGUGGAUGAUGAGUAUGUGAUGGUUGGAUCUGCCAAUAUCAACCAACGAUCUAUGGGCGGAUCAAGAGAUACCGAGAUAGCAAUGGGUGCAUAUCAACCCCAGCAUACAUGGAACAAGAAAAAGGGGCACCCUCAUGGGCAGGUAUAUGGAUAUAGAAUGUCCUUGUGGGCAGAGCACUUAGGAACCAUACAUGACUGCUUCAAAGAACCUGAAAGUUUGGAAUGUGUGGAGACUGUGAACAACAUCGCAGAACAAAACUGGAAGAAAUUUACAGCGGAUGAUUUUAAGCCAUUGCAAGGGCACAUUAUGAAGUAUCCCAUCAAAGUGAAUGCAGAUGGGAAAGUAAGGCCCUUACCUGGAUUUGAGUCUUUCCCAGAUGUCGGCGGCAAGGUGCUUGGUGCCCGAUCUACUCUUCCUGAUGCUCUAACUACAUAG